GGAGCCGAAGGCCGGGCCCCAGAGGCACCACAAUCUCAGCCAACAGCGAUCAAGGCUUUAUCAUCGUCCCCGCUGAGAAAGUAGAGAGAGAGAGAGAGGGAAUCAGCAGAUCAAAUCAAACGGCUCUGCUAGUUGCUGGUGGUGGUGCUCCUGCUUCCGGGUUUGGGUUUUGAUGGGGUCGAAGCCAUGGCUGUUCCCGGCUCCGACCUAUCGUACUCUCGAGACCUUUUGGGAUUGCGACGACGACGCCCCUGGUCCACGCUGCGCUCACACCCUCACCGCCGUCGCUGCCACCAAGACCCACGGCCCCCGUCUCAUCCUUUUCGGUGGUGCCACCGCCAUUGAAGGCGGUGGCCCCUCCUCCGCCCCUGGCAUCAGGUUAGCUGGGGUGACCAAUUCGGUGCAUUCCUAUGAUAUUCUCACCAGGAAAUGGACUAGAAUGAGGCCUGCAGGUGAGCCACCUUCUCCGAGGGCAGCUCACGCGGCAGCUGCGGUGGGCACUAUGGUUGUAUUUCAGGGCGGCAUAGGUCCUGCUGGGCAUUCCACAGAUGAUCUCUACGUGCUGGACUUAACCAACGAUAAAUUUAAAUGGCACAGAGUGGUUGUACAAGGACAAGGACCCGGGCCUCGCUACGGCCAUGUAAUGGACUUAGUUGCUCAAAGAUAUCUUGUUACCGUCAGCGGAAAUGAUGGAAAAAGAGUUCUUUCUGAUGCUUGGGCUCUGGAUACUGCUCAAAAACCUUAUGCAUGGGCUAGGCUGAACCCAGAAGGUGAUAGACCAUCUGCUAGAAUGUAUGCAACAGCCAGUGCUCGCUCAGAUGGUAUGUUUUUGCUUUGUGGUGGAAGAGAUAUUUCUGGAACGCCUCUAGCAGACGCUUAUGGACUGCUUAUGCAUAGGAAUGGUCAGUGGGAGUGGACCCUUGCACCUGGUGUAUCCCCUUCACCAAGAUAUGAACAUGCGGCGGUUUUUGUUGGUGCAAGAUUACAUGUUACAGGAGGUGCUCUUAGGGGAGGUCGUGGUAUAGAAGGUGAAGCAGCUAUUGCAGUAUUGGACACUGCUGCUGGAGUUUGGUUAGACAGAAAUGGGCUUGUGACUUCCUCACGCACAGGAAAGGGACAGAAUGACCAUGAUCCUUCUUUGGAGCUCAUGCGUCGUUUUCGCCACGCAGCUGCAUCUCUUGGUUUUCGUAUAUAUAUUUAUGGUGGUCUUAAGGGAGACAUCCUGUUAGAUGACUUCCUGGUUGCAGAAAAUUCAUCAGUUCAGUCUGAAGGUAAUUUGCCUGUUUUAACAUCUGAGAGAUCCCCAACUGUAUCCAGUCCCAGAAUGUUUCAUGCUAACACAAGUACUUUUGGAACAUCUUCUGAUGGUGAACCUGAGAGUACCUCAUCAACUGGCUUGAGCAUGGACAAAAAUUCAAUGGAGAAACUCCGGGAGGCUUCUGCUGCCGAAGCUGAGGCAGCCAGUGCUGUUUGGCAAGCUGCGCAAUCAGCAUCUGCUACUCCUUCUGAAGAAACAUCUGUUUCAGAUGAUAACUCACAAGUUGCAGAAACAUUGUCUGAUGGUAGUGACACCGAGGCAGAUGUUCGUCUUCAUCACAGAGCUGUUGUCGUUGCCAAAGAGGCUGUAGGCAACUUGGGUGGGAUGGUGAGACAGUUGUCUUUGGAUCAAUUUGAAAAUGAGAGCAGACGAACGAUACCAAUGAACAAUGACUUAUCACAUCCCAACAAAAAGUACACCAGGCAGAAGUCUCCACAAGGGCUACAUAAGAAGGUUAUAUCUACAUUGUUGAGGCCUCGAAACUGGAAACCCCCUGUCAAUAGGAAGUUUUUCCUGGAUUCUUAUGAAGUGGGAGAACUUUGUUAUGCUGCUGAGCAGAUAUUUAUGCAGGAGCAAACAGUUCUUCAGCUGAAAGCCCCUGUUAAAGUAUUUGGCGAUCUUCAUGGACAGUUUGGUGAUUUAAUGCGCUUAUUUGAUGAAUAUGGAUUUCCAUCUGCUGCGGGAGACAUAACGUAUAUCGACGACUUGUUUUUGGGGGAUUAUGUUGAUCGAGGACAGCACAGCUUGGAGACCAUAACUUUGCUCCUUGCACUGAAGAUCGAGUAUCCUGACAAUGUUCACUUAAUACGUGGAAACCAUGAAGCUGCUGAUAUCAAUGCACUCUUUGGUUUUCGUAUUGAAUGCGUUGAGAGAAUGGGCGAGAAUGAUGGAAUCUGGGCAUGGACUCGGUUCAAUCAACUUUUCAACUAUCUCCCACUUGCUGCUCUGAUUGAAAAGAAAAUUAUCUGUAUGCAUGGAGGCAUUGGGAGAUCUAUCAAUUCUGUAGAACAGAUAGAGAAGCUUGAAAGACCCAUUACAAUGGAUGCUGGCUCUAUAAUUUUAAUGGAUCUUUUGUGGUCUGAUCCCACAGAAAACGACAGUGUAGAGGGCUUGAGACCAAAUGCCAGAGGACCUGGUCUUGUCACCUUUGGGCCUGAUCGUGUCACAGAAUUUUGUAAGAGAAACAAAUUACAACUCAUUGUAAGAGCUCAUGAAUGUGUCAUGGAUGGAUUUGAAAGAUUUGCCCAGGGACAGUUGAUCACUCUUUUUUCUGCAACCAACUAUUGCGGGACGGCAAACAAUGCUGGUGCUAUACUGGUCGUUGGCAGAGGUUUGGUUGUGGUUCCAAAAUUAAUCCAUCCUUUGCCACCUCCUCUUCAGUCACCGGAGACAUCUCCUGAACGGGUCAUAGACGACGCAUGGAUGCAGGAGCUCAACAUUCAAAGACCACCAACGCCUACUCGUGGUCGACCGCAGCCUGAUCUUGAUCGAAACUCACUUGCAUAUAUAUAGCUCACAGAUUUCAGUAUUUUCCAACCAGUGAAUGUGACAAUCCACAUUUCUCCCGAGGCCCGAUCCUUUCGCAGUUCCCGCAUUACAUCGUGCUCUCACUUGGAUGUUAUCGUUGCAGAAGUUGAAGCCUCGUCUAGUGUACACAAUCUUAGAAUGCUCGAGAUUUCGACGUUUAGGGACCGAAUUCUUCGUUUCCCGUUCAUCGAUUGUAAUAUAUGUACAACAAGAGUUUUUGAAGCUAAAUAGAGAGAGCUUAUAGGGAAGGGAAAUUGUUUAAGUUUUGUUUCACUGUGAUUUAUGUAACAUAAACUUCUUCUUACGUUUAAUCAUUUCAUAAGUGUUUGUUCUCUUUUGGGGAGUGGUGUUUCAGAACAA